AUGGCGGAUAUUGUAAAGAAUGAGAAGGAAGAUAACCUAACACUUCCAAAAGCCACUGUAUCAAAGUUGAUCAAGGAGGUGUUACCAAAGGAUGUAAAGUGUUCAGUUGAGACAAGAGAUCUGAUAUUAGAGUGUUGCGUUGAGUUCAUCCAUUUGAUAUCCAGUGAAUCAAAUGAUAUAUGUAACAAAGAGGGAAAGAAGACUAUUGCUGCAGAGCAUGUAAUCAAAGCUUUAAAUGAACUUGGCUUUAGCGAGUACACUCAAAAGGUAUCAGAGGUAUAUGACAAGCACAAGGAGGAAGCGAGCACCAAACCAAGUAAAGCACGUAAAUUCGAGAGUAUGAACAGCAAGCCAACCGAACAACUACUGCGAGAGCAACAACUUUUGUUUGCCCAAGCAAAGUCUGCUUAUCAGAACAAUCCAGAGAAUCAACCGCCAUCCUAG